UGGAAAAGCCAUAUCAGGCGACAGAGGGGGGGGAAACAAAUCACCGUGACAUGAAUAAACGCCAAAGUGACACCUUUCCAGAGGUUUGGUGUUGAAACAUUUUGUCGCCGCUUACAAAUAUGAGGUGACGGGAUGCUGCGGAGGGAGAGCGUCGCUCAGUCAGUGACCAAAAAUGAACUCACGGCGCAACUUGUCUACUUGGACGGUAGAAACAAAUGAGGCGCGUUGCGCUUGACUGUGAAAAAAGCAGGAGCAAGGAAGGAGGAGACAGCGGCGGAGCGGAGCGGAGGCGGCUGGUCCCAGCGCGAGACACGGUGCAGGAGACGUAGUCUGCGUCGUAGAGUAGCGAUACCUUCACCAUUGUGAGAACAUGGCUCAGACAACAGUGAACUCCGUAAAGGUGGCAGUGGAGGGGAUGACCUGUGGUUCUUGUGUGCAGAAUAUUGAACAGCAUAUCGGUGAGCUGCCAGGGGUCUUCCACAUUCAGGUGUCCUUAGAGCUUAAACAGGCUGCAGUGGUAUUUGAUUCAAGUAUGCAGAGCCCAGAGUCCCUAGCGGAGGCCAUUGAGGAUAUGGGGUUUGAGUCCAGCCUCCCAGAUUUUGUCACGGCUGAACUUGUCCCUACGGAAACACGAGUCUUCCCUAUAGCAGGCCUUUCUCCUAAGUGCCAGCAGCAGGCAUUGUCAACUGUGUCUCAGCUCAAAGGAGUCCUGGAAGCCUCGGAUGACACUUCAGAGGAUGGCCUGUCCAUCACCUUCAUCCCAUCUGUAACAGACUCCAAACAGAUCAGCCAGGUGCUGCACGACCUGACUUUGGCAGGGAAGGAGAACUCUGCUGCUCUCAGGGAGCCAGUUCGAAGUCCUACCAGUGAGGAGCUGGUGAAGAUGCGCAUCGAUGGGAUGGUGUGUCUUUCAUGUACCACGACCAUUGAAGGAAAGAUUGGGAAGCUUAACGGCAUUCGAAAGAUUAAAGUUGUUCUGGACUCUCAGGAAGCUACAGUGCUAUAUCAGCCUCACCUCAUCACUGUUAAUGAGAUCAUCAACCAGAUCAACUUAGCUGGGUUCAAAGCCCAGGUGAAAUCCAAGCCCCGCCCCUUGCGUUUGUCUGUUAAUGAGGUGGAACGGUUACGGAACCCCACCACGGCAAAUUUGACAUCUCCUGCUGUGACAAUCUCAGAUACAUCCACUGAGGAAAUUGCCACUGCACUACUCUGGGUAACUGGGAUGCACUGUCAGUCUUGCGUGACCAAUAUUCAGGAUAAUAUAACCUGUCUGUUGGGUGUACGAUCCGUGGAGGUGUCACUGGAGCAGGAGAGUACCUCCAUCCAGUAUGACCCCCAUCUCAUCUCCAUAAAGCAACUCCAACAAGCCAUUGAGGCUCUCCCGCCAGGGAACUUCAAAGUCCGUGUGGACAGAGGUAGCUCCCCGGUGCCACAGGUUCUUCCAGCACCCCCUCUGCAAUCCCCCACCCCGAGAUUUCUGCAGCCCCUCAGUGCAGUUACCGUCAUCCGCAUCGAGGGUAUGACCUGUGGUUCCUGUGUUCAGUCCAUUGAGGGAAUGCUGUCCCAACACAAGGGGGUGAAGUCUGCCAAAGUGUCACUGUCUAGUCAUAGUGGAACAUUUGAGUAUGACCCUCUUGUCACAACACCGGAAGAGCUGCGCACAGCUGUCGAAGACAUGGGCUUUGAUGCAUUUCUCCCAGAAACCAAUUCCCUUGUGACAACACCCCAGCCAGAUACACCCUCAUCUCCAGAAAGCGCUUCUGUGAAGGAGAAAGAGGUAGAGCAAGAGCCAGUGGCUGUACAGGGAGGUCAAGGAGGGGCACAAGCUAUAUCAAAGUGUUUCAUCCAGAUUGGUGGAAUGACUUGUGCAUCCUGUGUGGCCAACAUUGAAAGGAACCUCAAAAAUGAAGAUGGAGUUUACUCGGUGCUGGUGGCGCUAAUGGCCAGCAAGGCUGAAGUGCGCUACAACCCUGGGCUCAUUGAUCCUGCCAGCAUUGCAGAGUGCAUCAGAGAGCUGGGCUUCAAGGCCUCAGUCAUAGAAAAUUAUGAUGGCUCAGAUGGAAGUUUGGAGCUUGUGAUCAGAGGUAUGACAUGUGCAUCAUGUGUGCACAAAAUCGAAUCUAAUCUGAUGAAGGCCUCAGGGAUUGUCUAUGCGUCUGUUGCUCUGGCAACCAACAAAGCCCAUAUCAAGUAUGAACCAGAAGUAACAGGACCUCGUGAUGUGAUCAGACUGAUUGAGAACCUUGGUUUUGAGGCCUCUCUUGUGAAAAAAGAUCGCUCAGCCAGUCACUUGGAUCAUAGUCGGGAAAUACGACAGUGGAGGAAGUCAUUCUUGAUCAGCCUUGUUUUCUGUGUCCCUGUUAUGGGCAUGAUGAUCUACAUGAUGAUAGUGGACCACCAUGUUAAUAUGGAACACCAUCUGAAUGCUAGCAGAGAUGACAUUGAGCGCUAUCACGCUACCAUGUUCCUUGAGCGGCAACUCCUACCCGGGCUGUCCAUCAUGAACCUCCUCUCCUUCCUCUUCUGUGUUCCUGUGCAGUUUAUUGGUGGUCGCUACUUCUACAUCCAGGCGUACAAAGCUGUGAAACACAAGACAGCUAAUAUGGAUGUCCUGAUUGUCCUUGCCACCACAAUAGCCUUCACUUACUCCCUUGUGAUACUUCUGGUGGCCAUGAUUGAGGGGGCCAGGAUCAACCCCAUAACAUUCUUUGAUACACCCCCCAUGCUCUUUGUCUUCAUUUCGCUUGGCAGGUGGCUGGAGCAAAUAGCAAAGAGUAAAACAUCGGAGGCCUUGUCAAAGCUGAUGUCUCUUCAGGCAACUGAGGCCACCAUUGUCACCCUGAACGAUGACAUGUCUGUCCGGAGUGAGGAGCAGGUUGAUGUGGAACUGGUUCAGAGGGGGGAUGUGGUGAAGGUGGUACCAGGGGGGAAGUUCCCUGUCGAUGGACGAGUCAUUGAAGGGCACUCUAUGGCGGAUGAGUCCCUCAUCACAGGGGAGGCUAUGCCUGUGACCAAAAAGCCUGGCAGCUCAGUGAUUGCAGGUGCCAUCAACCAGAAUGGCUCAUUGCUGAUCAAAGCCACACAUGUGGGUACAGAUACCACCCUUUCCCAGAUUGUCAAGCUGGUGGAAGAGGCGCAGACAUCCAAGGCUCCUAUUCAGCAAUUUGCAGACAAGAUCAGUGGCUACUUUGUUCCCUUCAUUGUUGGUGUCUCCCUCCUGACUCUGAUCGCAUGGAUCAUUAUUGGAGUCCUCAACUUUACGCUAGUUGAGAAAUACUUCCCUGGCUAUAGCCACAGCAUCUCCAAGGUAGAGGCUGUGGUCAGGUUUGCCUUCCAGGCCUCAAUCACAGUGCUGUGCAUUGCCUGUCCCUGUUCGUUGGGCCUGGCCACGCCCACAGCUGUGAUGGUGGGGACCGGUGUCGGGGCUCAGAACGGAAUUCUCAUCAAGGGUGGGGAGCCCCUAGAGAUGGCGCACAAGAUUCAGACCGUAGUGUUUGACAAAACGGGUACCAUCACAUAUGGCACCCCAAGGGUGGUCCAGGUAAAGCUUUUGGUGGAGGGGAACCACAUGCCUCGCUCCCGCCUGCUGGCCAUUGUUGGCACAGCAGAGAACAACAGUGAGCACCCACUGGGGGCUGCGGUCACCAAGUACUGCAAACAGGAACUGGGCACUGAGUCUCUGGGCACCUGCACGGAUUUCCAGACAGUACCAGGCUGCGGGAUCCGUUGUCAGGUGAGCAACACAGAGCUGCUGCUGAGCCACGAGGACUCUGGAGACGAACACAACCAGCGAAAUUCAGUGUUGGUGCAGAUCAGCGAUGGACAGACCAGCUCCAGCUCACAUCCCCUCAUCAUGGACCCUGAGCCACUCACCCUUGUGCAGGUGGCAACCUACUCGGUCCUGAUUGGGAACAGGGAGUGGAUGAAAAGGAAUGGGCUGCAGGUGCGAACUGACGUAGAUGAGGCCAUGGUGGAGCAUGAGCGUAGGGGCCGCACUGCCGUGCUGGUGGCUGUGGACGGUGUCCUCUGUGCUAUGAUCGCCAUUGCUGAUGCAGUGAAGCCCGAAGCGGAGCUUGCUGUCCACACGCUGAGCACCAUGGGCUUGGAGGUGGUUCUCAUGACAGGGGACAACUGCAAGACAGCACGGGCCAUUGCAGCCCAGGUGGGCAUCAGGAAAGUAUUUGCAGAAGUGCUACCGUCUCACAAGGUAGCCAAGGUGGAGCAGCUACAGCAGGCUGGCAAGCGUGUGGCAAUGGUGGGCGAUGGUGUGAAUGACUCUCCAGCACUGGCCAAGGCUGAUGUGGGCAUCGCCAUUGGCACGGGCACCGACGUGGCCAUUGAAGCUGCUGAUGUCGUUUUGAUCAGGAAUGAUCUGCUGGAUGUGGUGGGCAGCAUCGAUUUAUCCAAAAAGACUGUGAAAAGGAUUCGAAUCAAUUUUGUUUUUGCGCUAAUUUAUAAUCUAGUUGGAAUUCCAAUUGCUGCAGGUGUCUUCAUGCCCAUUGGCCUCGUGCUUCAGCCUUGGAUGGGUUCUGCUGCCAUGGCAGCCUCUUCUGUCUCUGUGGUGCUCUCAUCUCUCCUGCUAAAAUGUUACUCCAAGCCCACUGCAGAGAAACUGGAAUCACGUCUCCGGGGACAGAUGAGGCAGAGCAGCCUGUCAGACAUCAGUAUCCAUAUCGGCAUGGGAGAGCUGCGGCGGUCCUCACCCAAGCUCAGUCUGCUGGACCGGUUCGUCAGCUACAGCCGGGCAUCCAUCAACUCGUUGCGCUCAGACAAGCGUUCUCUGAACAGCAUGGCCCUCACUGAACCCGACAAACACUCUCUGUUGGUGGGAGACGGUCACUGUGAUGAGGAGACUGUGUAAAAGCUGCACCACGGUGCUGUCCAGGUCCUUGUCUCAGACUAGAGUGUCCCGAAAGUCAAACCUGUCCUAGCACUACCUGGGGUCAACGUGCAGGGCCAAGAGGGGCCAGAUUCUCUUCAGUUCUCCUUCUGUCGUUGUUCUAUCAGAUCAGCUGCACUCCAAAGGAUGCUAGGCAGGUAUUAAGCAAAAGAUUUUCUACAGUUUAUCUACAGUGAAUUCAAGCUGCUGUUGCUUUGUUGCAGAUAAUCCACAUUGAGCUGUUUAUCAGGUGUUACUCACCUGGAGAAGAAUAUAUCUGCUGAAACGGGAACAAGGAGAGAAAAUGCCAAUUAAAAGUUUGUUGUGUGCUGUUUCAGAAGACAAUCGCUUGUUGUAAAAAGCUAUUCGUUUAAGGAA